GGCAGGAUUGGUGCUCAUGCGGGACUAGGACGGCGACGGGGACGCCGGCCUCCCCCAGCACCUGCCCGCACCGAAGGCCGAAGCCGCUGGAUUCGCCAAAGCAAUAAAAACCUUUGGCGGCCUCUCCAUCGCAACAUUUUUCUCAUCCUCCUCCUCCCCCCCGCGCCGCGCGAACUCCGCUUCCAGGUUUCCGGCGUCGCCUGGCCGCCUUCCUUACCGGCGCGCAGCUUUGGAUCCGUACCGUCGUCCCUCCUUCCGUCGGCCGCCUUUUAUUGCACAGCACACCCACGUUGAUGCGCGUUCCUCCCACUUUCGUGGCUGCCUUGCUUGCCUGGUGCCUGCUCGUUCGCGGCUGGCGUCGUCCGCUCCUCACGAUCGGGUAAGCGGCGGCGACGCCUCUCGCUCGUCUAUGUUGAUGAUUGUGAGGAAGGGUCGUCUUUGUUGAAUGUUGAUGAUUGUGAGGAGGGGGCGAAGGCCAAUUCCUGUUUGGAUUUGGGCACCGGUUGGUUGGUUACGUUUUGCGUCGCGUCGUCAGGGACGACGGGGUGUGUGUGUGUAACUGUGUAUAGUGGGAUUUGAAUUCCGGCUCCGCGUCAUGCUUCCCGCAGAUUCGCGUUUCUCGCGUGCCCGUACCGCCCUGCCGCGCCGCUCGCCCGCCCGCCCUUUUCUUUUUCUUGACCUUUCUCUAUUUCCACAUUAUGCUAUGGUGAUGCUUCCCGCACGUCUCUGUUUUUUUCCACGCCGAAGUCCGGAUCCGGCACGAGCUAUCGAGCGGGGCAGAAGGUUCGGUUCGGGGUCCUUCUUCAACAAGGAAAGGGAGCAGCACUACCAAAUGUGGCGCUUGUUUAAUGACCUGUGGGAUGUGCUAGGAUCCGGAUUCCUCUCGUCCAGAUUUCUCUGAUCCAGCUGUAUCGGGAAUACGGGACCAUCUCGUUGGUGGCAGCGAAGCAGACAUCCACCAAGACCAAGGCACCAAUCCGCCUCCUGCGCGCGCUCCAUCGCUCUUAUCGUUGACGACACGAGCGGCUGCCAAUUCCUGGGCUCGCCAUUGGUUGGUGGCCUCGGGAUCUGAGAGAGGAAGAUGGACGACGAGGAUUACUCGUGGGUGCGGCGGACGCGCUUCUCCCACUCCGUCGUCCGCUCCAAUUCCGGGAGGGAGCAGUUCGGCGCAUUCGUCGAGCAGUUCAACCGUGGGGCCGCGCUCAGGCAGAAGGGCUCCGCCUCGGGGUUCAAGCUCCAUGGCCUCAACAUGGAGCCAGGGACGAGGUUGUCCACAUCGUCCCUUCCGACGACGAGCUCGUUCUGCGCCCAGCCCAAGCCCAAGCCUAAGGACAUGUCAUCUUCAGACGCCAAGCCGGGGCAGCACGCCAAGGCAGUCAGCGAUCGCCCGUCGUCGCAAGAGGCAUCGGCGAGGAAGGAGGACGAUGCCAAGGCUUCAAACGGAAAGAAAGGAAUUGGCAAACUCAGCGUGGCCGUACCUCGGGUACCCGCGGUUCAGAGCGCGGAGGUUGAGAGCCCGGGAGCACUCGAGUUCUCCUUCCACCCUGACGAGCAGAGCCUGAAGCUGCAGAGAGCGUGCUCAAGCCCUGCCCCGUUCCCGCGGAAGAAAACGCCCGGCGAUGAUGCCCUCACGCGCAGCUCGUCGCUAAGUGUGCUCGGCGAGGCGCCCAAGACGAAGCAGAGGGCGAGGUCUCCCCUCCCGUCUCGCCACGUUGCUGAAGUGUUUCAAGAGGCCAAAUCAGCCACCAAGAGGUUCUCCACUCCGCCGCCGCCCCGGAGAUCCGCGUCUUCUCUAGAGCUGAAUGGUUGUCCUCCAGCGCCGGUGACGGUGAGGGCACCGGGCAAGCUGAAGAAUAGGAAGGAGGGCCAUGCCAACGGGAGGAUGAAGGUUGCUGCAACUGCACUGGAGGUACUCGAGAAAUGGUCCGUCGAUCGCUCCCAGCUGCUCAUUGGGCACAGAUUCGCGUCCGGGGCUCACAGCCGGUUGUUCCACGGAAUCUACAAAGAGCAGCCUGUUGCUGUCAAGUUCAUCAGACAGCCUGAUGAUGAGGAAGAUGCAGAGCUGGCUGCUCAGCUUGAGAAGCAGUUCCACACCGAGGUCGCCACUCUGUCACGCCUCAAUCAUCCUAAUGUCAUCAAGCUGGUUGGAGCAUGCAGCAGUCCACCAGUAUUCUGUGUCAUCACUGAAUUCCUUUCUGGUGGUUCUCUGCGAGCGUUUUUGCACAAGUUGGAUCACAAAGCUCUUCCUCUAGGCAAGAUCAUCUCAAUUAGCUUGGACAUCGCACGCGGCAUGUCAUACAUUCACUCGCAGGGAGUUGUUCAUCGUGAUGUGAAGCCAGAGAACAUCAUAUUCGAUGAUGUAUUCUGUGCAAAGAUUGUUGAUUUUGGAAUAGCUUGUGAAGAAGAGUACUGUGACCCUCUGGCAAACGACACUGGGACAUUUAGAUGGAUGGCUCCAGAGAUGAUGAAGCACAAAGCGUACGGUCGAAAAGUCGACGUCUACAGCUUUGGCCUUAUUUUGUGGGAAAUGUUUUCUGGAACGAUACCAUAUGAAGAGCUGAACCCAUUUCAAGCAGCUUUCGCUGUUUUUGACAAGAAUGUGAGGCCGGCCAUUCCUACUAGCUGCCCAACACCAGUACGUCUUCUAAUUGAGCAAUGUUGGGCCUCGCAUCCGGAGAAGAGGCCUGACUUCUCUCAAAUAGUUCAGAUACUGGAGAAGUUUAAGAGUGUUCUUGACAGAGAUGGCACACUCGACAAUAUGCCAAGCUCGAUCUGUCAGGAGACUCAUGAUCACAAGAACUGGCUUGCUCAUUGGGUCCAAAGGCUCAAGCAUAGCCAGCCUGAUCUCUCUGGGCCUCCUCCGCCAAAACUGUUGUAACUAUUCACCAUUCAGUACCUUCUCCCUUCCAAACCCUGCUAAUCCGAUAGGCAACAGAAUGCAAUUUCAGGUUAUUUUCUGUUUAUAGACAAAAAAAAAUUAGUAGUAGUAGUAGCACAGUUAGUGUUUGCUUCGCUUCACCACGGUGUUCUCUCUUUCAAUCAAUACACAAGAUGUGAAUACAAAGGUUGCUAAGAAUGCAUCUUCAAGGGCUUGAAAUGGUUGAGAUCGUCACAUAAGAACUCAUCUGACUUUUCAUGUUUAUUUAAUAUAGCAGCCUUGCCAUGUGUUGGCUAGUAACAGAGCUUUCUACAUGCUUGGUGGCUUGGUGUUGUUUCAUACUGUUCACUUCUUGUGCUGCUUAAAAAUUUCGGAAUUCUGUGCACUUGUGGACAUGUAAAUGUGCGACGGAACAAAUUUGAAUCAAAUGGAGUCACUUUUCUCAUCA